AUGCUGCCAAGUCUCAACGGAGCUGUGUCGAGUUUGGCCGGGAGGCGAGUAGGAAGCUCGUUGUACUCUGUUGGACGGUGUUCUGCGACAAUUGCUGGUGGAGCCUUAGUAGUGUCCAAGUCGAGGCCAUCAACGUCGUUGGUAGCGUGCCGACGGUUCACGUUGUGCGUGCCGAGGAUGGGAGAUCGAGCGGCUUCGAGCACGUCUGCAGGUACUCAAAUCGCAUGUGGAUCAACGGCCGAGACGUCGACUGUGACCUCUUGCACGUCGUCAGUGGGGGAAGCAUCGGGAUUUACACCGCGUCAGCAGUUUGCUCUGCCGACGACCACGCCUUCCUGGUACGCAGGGCACAUGGCACGAGCGAUUCGAUCGAUGCCGUAUCUGCUCGCUCGCUAUCCACCGCCGCUCGUGAUCGAAGCACGCGAUGCUCGUCUACCACUGACCUCGAUCAAUCCGGUCUUCGAGCGCUUGCUUCGAAAAGCACCCACCGCAAACGACCACCUGAACACGCCUUCACCGCUCACUUCAACAUGGCGUUCGCGUCGUCUGAUCGUAUACCUCAAACGCGACCUCAUCUCACCCACCGCUGAAGCAGCGAUCCUGUCUUCAAUGAAGCAGGUUGAACCGCACCAGUCAAUCCUCUUUAUCGACACGCGCUCAGAUUCCGACAUCAAAAAGGUUCUAUCCUGGGUCCACCGUCAAGCGAGGCUCGUCCAUGCCGACGACUCAGUGCACCGUCCACCGGUCUCUGAAAAGGCAGAGCGCAGAGCAAGGAAGGGUCUCUCGGGCGCGUUCCGUUACACACCCACGCCGGAGGAGGGGGUCAGAUUGUUGAUCCUUGGGAUGCCCAACGUGGGCAAAAGCAGCUUGUUGAACGCUCUCCGCAGGGUCGGUGUGGGCAAAGGUAAGGCGGCGAGUACGGCACCGCAUCCCGGUCAUACGAGGAAACUCACCGGAACGGUUAGGAUCAGUAAAGCUGGUCCGUCCAAAGUCGAAGCUGAAGACGCACCAGUACGAGCUAGAGGGUCUCGUAGAGACUUGAAAGACGAUCGAGAAUCCAUAAGUCAAGAGUUGCAAACCGGAGGGUUUGUCAUUUCCAAUCCGGAUUCGACGCCACAGCAUACGGAGGGCAAGGCGGAUAAACCCACCGAUCCACCGAUCUACGUCUACGAUACACCAGGUGUGAUGGUCCCAUUCCUCGGCCACGGCGCGGACGGCUCCGAGCGAGGGCUCAAACUAGCUAUUACAGCAGGCAUCAAGGAUUCGCUGUUUGACAUCCAGCUUCUCGCCGAUUACCUUUUGUACCGCCUCAAUCUUCGUGCUCGCAGCACUACUUCGGAUCAACUCCCGGUGUACAUCCGUAACCUACCGCUAUCCGUCCCUACCUACCUGUCCACAUGUGAUGAUCCGCACGGUCGAACGAAUUCCAUCCACGAACUUCUCUGGCAUGUCGCAGCCAAAGCGCCCGGUUCACUGCGCAAAGGCAACGUCAGAGAUCUGGAUGCAGCAGCGCACUUCAUGUUGCAACACUGGAGAUUGGGCAAAUUGGACAGCAACACCGAAUUGGAUCUGAACACCGAAGAUGCCGAUGAGAUACAGACAAAGAUUCACGCCUUCUUCAACAACGCUCAAGUCACUCAGGCUGCACCUGCUGCGAUCACGUCUGCAGGCGCACAUGUAGCCAGCGAAAACCGCGACGGUGCAAGAACAGGACCAAGCAAGACGCAAGCCAAGAAACAACAAAAAGCAUCCGACGUCUCGGCCAGAAAACGCAAGUUGAUGAGCAAAGGUAUCGCCGUUGGUGCCACCCGCAAGUCUUCCAAGCGGCCAAGAAGCGGAACCGCCAAUGGGAAGAGCCGAAAGCGAUGA